AUCCUGCGGCCUCAUCUCUGGCUCUGCCUCGGGGUCAGGGUUGUGCUUCUGAGCCGGUUUUCGGCGGCGGCCGAGCCGGAGCGAUGCCUUCUCGAGUGGAGGACUAUGAGGUGCUCUUCACCAUUGGUACCGGCUCUUAUGGCCGCUGCCAAAAGAUACGGAGAAAGAGCGACGGCAAGGUAUUAGUUUGGAAAGAACUUGACUAUGGUUCUAUGACAGAAGCUGAGAAACAAAUGCUUGUUUCUGAAGUGAAUUUGCUCCGUGAACUGAAACAUCCAAAUAUUGUCCGAUACUAUGAUCGUAUUAUUGAUAGAUCCAAUACAACACUUUAUAUUGUAAUGGAAUAUUGUGAAGGAGGGGAUCUGGCUAGUGUUAUAACAAAAUGCACCAAAGAAAGACAUUACUCAGAUGAAGAUUUUGUUCUCCGUGUAAUGACCCAGUUGACCUUGGCCCUAAAGGAAUGUCAUAGACGAAGUGAUGGUGGCCAUGUUGUGUUGCAUCGGGACCUGAAACCAGCUAAUGUUUUCCUGGAUAGCAAGCAAAAUGUCAAACUUGGAGACUUCGGACUGGCUAGGAUAUUAAACCAUGAUACAAGUUUUGCAAAAACAUUUGUUGGCACACCUUAUUAUAUGUCUCCAGAACAAAUGAAUCGCAUGUCCUAUAAUGAAAAGUCCGAUAUUUGGUCAUUAGGCUGUUUGCUGUAUGAGUUGUGUGCCUUAAUGCCUCCUUUUACAGCUUUCAGCCAGAAAGAAUUAGCUGAAAAGAUCAGAGAAGGAAAAUUCAGGCGAAUUCCAUAUCGUUACUCAGAUGAAUUGAAUGACAUUAUUACUAAGAUGUUAAAUUUGAAGGAUUACUGUCGACCAUCUGUUGAAGAAAUUCUGGAAAACUCUCUCAUAGCAGACUUGGUAGCUGAAGAGCAAAGAAAAAAUCCUGAGAGGAGAGGGCGGCGAUCAGGAGAGCCAGAAAAACUGCAGAAUUCAGGCCCUGCGAUGACUGAACUGAGAUUAAAGGAGCUACAACUGCAGGAGAGAGAGAAAGCCAUCAAAGCAAGAGAAGAAAGGCUAGAACAGAAGGAACGUGAACUUUGCGUCCGAGAGAGACUUGCAGAAGACAAACUUAUCAGAGCUGAAAAUUUGUUGAAAAAUUACAACCUGUUAAAGGAACAGAAGAUCUUAGCAUUGGCAAAUAGCCCAGAACUACUUGAUUUUCCCUCAUCUCUAACCAAGAAGAAAGUUCACUUCGGUGGGGAAAGUAAAGACAAUGCCCUGGGCGAUGAGAACUCUGAGAAUUAUCCCACUAGCAAGUCGAAGAGCAGAGAUUUGAAAAAGAGACUCUAUGCUGCUCAACUGCGUGCUCAAGCCCUCUCAGAGCUGGAAAAAAACUACCAGCUGAAGAGCAGACAGAUUCUGGGCAUGCGCUGACCAGCACUGCCGAAGACCGGACAGCAUUUUGUGUUGUGGCCAUGUUAGAGAUUGAUAUUCAGCUGCUUUGUCUUUGAUACACAUGGUUCUGUGAGCCAUGUCCCUGUUUUAUCACAUCAAAGCACUUGGGAAAUGUUUUUGGUGUUCUUCAGGUUUUUAAAAACUAGUAGCUAAGAACACCAUGGAGAAAUGACACUUGCUUUGAUUGAAUUUUUAAUGCUGUGUAUACAACAAAGAUAAUGGUUUUUCACAUAGCUUUGAUAAGUACAUUUCUAAACCUUAAACAGAAAAUUAAUAAUGUUAAGAGAAAGUGAAAAGUUUUGUGAGUUUAAUUUACCCAAGGAGUAGCUCUCAUCUAGAUUAUGCUUGACAUGCCUGAAAUGUGUGCAUGGAAGGGCUGUUGUAGCCUGAUCUCAGUUUUCUGAAGAAUUAAACUAAUGAGGGUUGUGAAAUGUAGCUAGUGAGAAAAACUUGAGAACUUGAUUCUGCUUUAUAAAUGGGUCACUGACUCCAUUGUGCUUUAUCCAAAACUUCCUUUUGAUUUUAAAAAGUGGGAGUUCUUUGUACAUAGGUACUACAUAGGUUGUAUUAUAUAAAUUCUGUACCUUUGAAACUAUAGUGUUCUGCAAUUUCUCUCUGACUUUGUAUACUAUCUAGCAGCAAAGAAAAGAGCUAUUUUCUA